GGGCGCCCGGCGGGCUCUGAAUAUGGGAUGAGGCCGGGGCUGCGGCCCUUGUCAUGCGGGCCCGGGAGGCGGCGGGAAGCAGCGGUGGCGGCGGGGCGCGAGUCGCAAGAUGGCGACCGCCAUGUACCUGGAGCACUACCUGGACAGUAUCGAAAACCUGCCGUGCGAGCUGCAGAGGAACUUCCAGCUGAUGCGGGAGUUGGAUCAGAGAACAGAAGGUGUGUUCAGGUGUUCCGAUAAGAAAGCAGAAAUUGACAGUCUUGCAGCAGAAUACAUUGAAUCAGUGAAGAACAUGUUACCUGCGGAAAGAAUGGAACACCUGAAGAAAAUCCAGAGUGCCUACAGCAAAUGUAAAGAGUACAGUGAUGAUAAAGUCCAGCUGGCCAUGCAGACCUAUGAGAUGGUGGAUAAGCAUAUCCGCCGGCUGGAUGCAGACUUGGCCCGGUUUGAGGCAGAUCUGAAAGAUAAACUGGAAGGCAGUGACUUUGAAAACCCUGGAUCUCGAAGUCUGAAAAAGGGACGAAGUCAGAAAGACAAAAGAGGCUCUCGCGGUCGAGGCAGGCGAACGUCUGAAGAAGAUACACCAAAGAAAAAGAAGCUCAAAGGAGGAUCUGAGUUUGCUGAUACCAUCCUGUCGGUGCAUCCCUCAGAUGUCCUAGACAUGCCAGUGGACCCCAACGAACCUACCUACUGCCUGUGCCACCAGGUGUCCUAUGGAGAAAUGAUUGGCUGUGACAAUCCUGAUUGCCCAAUUGAAUGGUUCCACUUCGCUUGUGUGGACCUCACCACCAAACCAAAAGGGAAAUGGUUUUGUCCUCGUUGUGUUCAGGAAAGAAAGAAAAAGAAGUAAGGAGUAGAGGGGAAUACAUCCUCUGAGGCAAGAAGAAUUUAAUAUAUUCCUUCAUUCAUGUUGCAAUAUUAUCUGAUUAUUUUUUUAACCUACCUUCCUUCUUUUUCUGAUAUGAUAUUUAAUUGUCCAGUGGCCAGUUGUAAUUCCAGUUCCUUCAAGAGAAAAUGGAUUUCAGAAGGAGCCCCAAAUCCCUUUGCCACAGGGAUUUUAUUUAUGUUAUACUUGCACAGCACUGAAAUUGGUGUUACUAUGAAGUGCUAGGGCAGCCAGUAGCUGUAGUCUCUGCUAGUUUACUGGAGUCUGUGAAACCACGUAGGGCACUGCAGGAGAACAAAAUGCCUCGAUCUUCAGUGUGGUGCAUCACCAUCACUGAAACAAUUUAGGCCUGGAUCUUGAUGUGGCAGAGAAGAAUGAAUUUUCUCCGAUGUAGCCUCCAUGAAAGAAAUAGGCUUCAUCGUUUAGGUGUGGAGUUCAUCUGUAUUGCAGUUUUGUAAUACAGAAAGGAACAGGAAAGCUGGUUUACUGUUUCCAGUGUCUGUUUCCUCAAAGUUUUGCCAGGGUAGGGUUGGGAGAGGGGUGAGAUUAAGCCUUCUCUUUUGGGAAAUUUCUUCUGUCUGCCGUUGCACUACCUUUAUUUUACUUGAUCUUGCCCCCAUUCACAUGAACCUUAAGCAAACCUUUGACUUUUCACCUCCUUCUAGAAAAGGUUUGUCUUUUGAGGGAGAAAACCUUUAAAAAGAAAAGGAAUUGUCCUACAGUUUCUUAGUGACGGUAGUACCAAGAGAGAGUGUUACCUUUCCUGGCUCUUUCCAUUUCUCUGAAGAUCCUUUAAGUACAUUACUGUGAAGAUGAAAUCUGAAGUAUUCUAAUAGAGGUAGAAGGUCGGAUUUAUUCAUAAAAUAAGAUGAAGGCCUGAUUCUUGUAACUUGUGUUUGCCGGUGUUGCACCUGGGUAAAUCAGGAAAACAAUCUUUAGGGGAAGGCUCCCUAAGGACAAUGUGCAUAUUCCCAGGAGUGUGUGGCAAAGCUGAAAAGCAGCCUUGUCCAGUGGGGGCUGGGUGUGAAUAGCAUUUGCUGUGAAGCACUGCUGUUGAGGAAGGCCAUUCAGCAAGAAUGUUUUAACAUGACUUCUUGUCUGUCUUUUUUUUUGGGGGGGGGAAGGGGGAGAAUGGGGCGGGGGUGUCGCACAUUUGCAUGUUCUUGACUUCUUUAAGCUGCCUUUCAGAUUAUGAAUGUGAAUCCUUGCUGUCACCACAGCGUCAGUUGCUGCAGCAGAAGGAAGAGAAGGAAAUUAGGAAGACAAACAAAAGUCUUUCUGAUUUUUUUUCUUCCUUCCUUCCUCUGAGUCAAUAGUGGAUGUAGAAGUUGAGGGAAGAGCAGAGAUUAGUGUUGUCUGCAUAUAAAUCCCCUGCAUUAUGGGGCUUACCUGCCUGCAAUAAAAGAUGUGGAGGAAGGUGGUCUUGCUCGUAGAGGGGGAGGGGAAAAAAGGCCUCCCUACACAAAGCCCUGCAGCAGUAGGCACCAGGGUUCAUGAACUUGCUGUCUGUGAUCCCUGAUGGGUGUUGCUGGCAGCUCUGCGCAGGGCUGUGUGUUACUUUGCAUACUGUUGUGCAGGAGCUCUUGGUAUAGGCUGCUGGAAAGACAUCAAGAAACUUCCAGAUAAGCUUUUCUUCUGCUGUAAAAACAAUCUGAAUAAACAGUACAGAGGAAAAAACCACUGCAGUCAGACUUUGGCACCUGCUUCCGAAAGAGAAAAGUUUUUUCCCUGUUUUAUACUGACUCUCUUACUUGUGUUUUAGUAGACCACAGCUUUUGCCAAUUUUCCUUCCCUGCUUUGCUCUGUUAGGAUUUGUACAUGCUGCAAGUAUGUCAAGACUGUCAUUGAAGAAACCUCUUAAUACUGAGACAGCUUUUCUGUGAACAUUUUGAUCUGCAUAUUGCAUCUACUAUGGGAAAAAAAACCCUGCCUCCAGGGUCCUGUCAUUUGAAGUGUGAUGCUGCACAUGUGUUCGCCACAUCGCAGCACUCUGCGUGUUGUAUAUGAAGUUUCCACAGUUGUGUUUACAAGAUGACGUGCAUUUGUCGUUGUCGCUAUUGUAAUAGCACCCAGAAGCCAGGCAGGCAAAUGAAAAGCAGAUUGCUGGAGGGAAGGAAGAGGAAAAGCAGUCACACAGACCUGACCUUAGACAUGCAGUCAGCUCUCUUUGUCUUUUUGCAUCUUCUUUUGGAGAGCAAAUUUAAUUGUGAUACCUCAUGAGCCAAGCCUGUAACUCAGUAGCCCAUGAGCGAGACCUGUACCUCAUUGACCUGCUACACUGGAUUGAGGGAGGAGUGUUGGCUGUCCUGAAGACUAGUGGUGAUGCUCUUUCAGGUUUUAUUUUCCCCUUCCAUCUAAUGGUAUUGAAUAUUACUCUUCCUCCUUGCACCCUUUUCUUUUUUAGGCUUUAUUAGUAGUUGUGUCACCAUAGAUCAAGUAUUUGAUUUAAAACAAUCUCAAAAUUUCACUGCACCUCUCUGGAAGUCUUGCUGGAAGCGUAGCCUUAUGGAAGUGUGUAGCUUUGGUUUAGUCACUGCAAAGCUAACCACCCUCAGCUCAGAAAAGGUGGUCAGGUAGGGCAGCAAAAUACAUUUUGUUAGCAAGUGCUUUUUUGGGCUUGGAAGAGCAGACUCUUUCCACUUUAACCAGCAAAACAAAAAGAAAAAAAUAUUCUAGAAGUUAGCAUCAGCCCUCAAAAGGAAAGAGUUCGUUAGGGAUCAUGAAUAGCCUGAGGUACAAGAUACUGCUCCUCUUUACAACAUAAGGUCUCAAAUGAUCCGAUACCAGCAAUAAACUGUCCCACUUGGAACACACCAGUGUGGGGGCUCUGACAGGCUCAAGAGUGUCUCUUGGCCAAAUUUUAAAACUCCUUAUAGACAGAAGUACCGGUAGCCUUCAUUUUUGCUUACUGAAGGAUUUAAAUCUUUCUCCUGAAUUUUGAAUGUACAGUGUUAAAUAUACUUUCAUGGAGAAGGGGGAACAGGAUCCACAAAGGACUGUUCCACUAAAGAUUGUCGAAAUACCCGAAUACCCUGUGGGGUUCAGCUUUAUUGCAGCUUGUCCAAACUGGAGGUGAAAUGACUUUAACCCAAUUGUUCUAUUUUUUAAAGUAAUUAGAUCUUUGUUCCCUUUGUAAAUGGAAGAGAAUAUAAACCUUUUU